AUGCCAUCGGUCUCGUUUGCGACUUUCCUCAUCAUCUGCCCGGUCUCCUUCUUCCUGGGCAUCGUCUUUUCUCUUUUCCCUUACGACUACCCACUUCUAUGGUCCUCCCUGCCCACACCACCCUCUCACUUUGACGCCAUCGAAGCACACCUGAAACUUCUCCACAAUGCGCCGAAUCUGAUUGUGCGCAUUCUACACAUAAUGCUGGGCGUUGGCAUCUUGGGCCUUGUUAUUAAGCUUUACAAACCCAGCGAAUCGAACCUGCUCUUUGAUGGUGGCAGUUUGGUGUUGUACAUGGUUGCGGUGAUUGUGUAUAUUGCGAACAUCGUCAAGGGGUUGAGGAUUGUCAAUGAUGGCACCUACGGUUUAGGCAUGGAAAAGUUAUCACAGGAUGAGCUUGAUGAAGUGAAUUCAGGCGGAUAUGAUGUAACCUCGGGCGACAGCGUUCUUGGACGCGAGGACAACCUGAAGGUGUUGGCUGCCAGUAAUACCAUCCUGGCGCUGGUACUUGUGGGAGUGUUGGUGUUGCAGUUCGGUCAAUGGUAUGCAGACCGGGCAGACGAAAAUGCCAUGAGAGAGUUCGAGGCCAAGGAGAAGGCAGAGCGCGAGAAGAAAGAGAGCGAAGCUUCCAGCCCCACGGUAAAAAGGCAAAGCAGUGGGAGAGAGGGAAAGAAGACCAGGUGA